AUGCAGGAUCUUGACAAUGGAAACAUAUCAGUCCAAGUCAUUUCGCAUGGUCCUGGUAUCCGACCUUCGGCACUCUGCGCUGCAGCUAACGAUAAGCUGGCCUUGGCUGUCUCUGAAAACCCGAGAAUGAUGGGCUUUGCUAUGCUUCCCAUGGAUGACCCUGCCGCUGCUGUGAAGGAGUUGGAACGUUGUGUCAAGGUCUUGCAUUUCAUUGGCGCACUAGUGGACAAUCACGUAAACGGGAAAUUUUACGAAAAUGUACGUUUUUGGCCAGUGUUUCAAAAAGCAGAGGAACUGAAGGUCCCGAUUUAUAUCCAUCCCUCCUUUCCGACUGACGAGCUAUCAAAGCAUUAUGAGGGCAACUUUCGCGGCAAUGACAAAAUAAGCCUUGCCCUUGGUGCAUUUGGUUGGGGAUGGCACUCCGAAAUUGCUUUGAAAAUCCUGAAGCUGUUCGCUAGCGGCUUCUUUGAUCGCUUCCCGAAAGCCAAAAUCAUAAUUGGGCACAUGGGAGAGAUGAUCCCCUUCCAGCUCGAGAGAAUCAUUACUUCCUCUGAGAGCUGGGGGCUAAAGCGAGGAUUGAGGGAAGUGUGGACCCAGAACAUAUGGGUUACGACGAGUGGCAUGUUUGCUCUUCCUCCCUUGGCUUGUUUGUUACAAACCAUCGAUAUCAGCCACGUCCUGUAUAGUGUGGAUUAUCCAUUCUCUUCGAACGAAAAAUGCCUAGCCUUCUUUGAGGAGGUACAGAGAAGCGGCUUACUUUCGGCGGACGAGUUGGAGAAGUUUGCAUACCGCAAUGCCGAGGAUCUGCUAGGGGUGAAGGUAAAUAGAAGUUUGUAA